GGUGCUUGGCUUGAUCAGAAACUGGAUGAACCUGCGGGAUGCAGAGACAGGGAAGAUACUCUGGCAAGGAACUGAAGACCUGUCCGUCCCUGGGGUGGAACAUGAAGCCCGUGUUCCCAAGAAAAUCCUCAAGUGCAAAGCAGUGUCCCGAGAGCUGAACUUCUCUUCAGCAGAGCAAAUGGAGAAAUUCCGCCUGGAGCAGAAAGUUUACUUCAAAGGGCAGUGCCUAGAAGAAUGGUUCUUCGAAUUUGGCUUUGUGAUUCCCAACUCCACAAAUACCUGGCAGUCCCUGAUAGAGGCAGCACCCGAGUCCCAGAUGAUGCCAGCAAGCGUCCUAACUGGGAACGUUAUCAUAGAAACAAAGUUUUUUGACGACGAUCUUCUUGUAAGCACAUCCAGAGUGAGACUUUUCUACGUCUGAGAGAAGAAUGUGUGUGCAUUUCAAGAUUUGGGGGUCAUGGGAGGGAGGAGGAAACUACUCUUUUUUCCUCCACACCUUUGAUUUUUGGCACUUCACCCCUGAUUCCCUCUAUGGCAGAACCCACCUGCGGCCACCAGGGGACCAGCUCAGUGUAGGUAACCAGAUGGCUUUUUUCUCACUGACCAGACUAAACACCCAACCCCAGACCGAGGCAGGGGCCGUGCCUCGACUACUUCCCGUGCAGACACGAGGGAGGACCUACCACGAGCAGAUGCCUACCUGCUGCCUCCCUGCCUCUUCCUUGGGCCCUUGGUUUUGGAAAACUUCGUAUUCCUGACCCACGCCUAGUUUUUUCCUACCAUUUCUAUUUCAUACAUUCUCAUACACUUAACUUGUAAAAUAGACUGAUAUUAUUAUUACGGAUUGUAAUUAAAACAAAUGAAUUAAAAA